AUGAACAUCACCACCACAUGUUCGCGCCUGCCUCGAGUCUACGUCCACGCCUGUGGAAGGCUCCAGCGCCUGUUCGUUGGCUGUUCCUAUGUCAACCUUUGUUCACUUCCCAUCUUUCAUCUUUCAUCCUUCUUCUUUCUUCUCUCCCAAGAUUUAGGGAUCAUCAUGCGCUACCGAAAUUGGGAUGUGCUUCUAUUUCCUGGAGGCGGCCGGGUGCCCGUCUCCGAGUUUAAAACCCAAUGCUUUGUGGCUAAAGACUUUGAUGCUCCUUAUUUACAGGCAAUCAACCUCGGCCCACAUGGAUACCAAGGACCCGUGAUGUUCAACCAAUUGCCUGUCUUGACAACCUUCAUUCCCAGCCUGCCGGUUGACAGUACGUUCCAGAUAUCCAUUCACAGCUGGGAGACCCCGCGCCCUAGUGCCAAGUUCGAGAGCAACAUGGGACCGGAGGACACCGUGAUGUUUGAGGCUCGCGUCUACAUUGAUGGUAUCUUCUCAUCUGGCAGUCUCUAUGGGCAGCGAACUCCUUGGCCGCAAAUCAUGAAUCCCGAUCGAGAGGGCAACCAGGACAACCUUCGCUUCCCUCCCUUCCACCGUGAGAUUCUUCAGCAACGAGCAUGGGACGCAGCAGAUUUCCAUGGUCGCAUCAAGGUAGUCCUCGCAGAGGGUGUCUCUCGUCCAAACCGCACCCCACCUUUUGAACGAUACAGAGACUUCCUUGUUUUCUCGUUUCAGCAUGCACCUUUGAGUGUCUUGGAAAAUGCCGAAAUUGCUUGGCCUAAUCCCAAGCUGUGGCUACCGGUUCCGACUGCUCCUCGUUAUACGCCGGCGACAGCUUCAUACGGUAGCGCAAAGGAAUAUGACGACCAUGGACAUUCCCCAGUCAGACCCGGUAGGCUUGAGCAAACUGUGGUAAUGCCGGUAAAUCCGAGCAGCCAGUCGAGCAGCGACACAGCCACCUUCAGUGGGGGUUCUUUAUCGGCCUACAAUGCCUGGGCACCUCAUGGAGGCUUUCCGAUUCCUGUGACGCAGUGGAACGAAUAUCCACAGGGACCGCGUUGGGAGCCACAAGAUACACACUUUGCGGAAGCCGGAAUGGAGUCUAUAUUUGAGGAUAUGGCAUGGCGCCAGCGCGGGGCCCGAUCUUCUCGUGAAGACAUUGCGAUGCCCGACUAUAGUUCAAACGCCAGCAGCAGUCGACCUCUUUCCACUUUGACUGGUUACAGCUAUGAACAUAGCAAUCCAAGCAUCCCUGACUAUCUGACUGAUCGCCAUAAUCGAAGCAUCCCCGUCCACCUCGACGACGACCAACACUACAAUGAGCUCAUUCAAUCCCUUACGCCGACCAAAGCAGCACCGUCCCUGGGAACCUGCGCACCCUCCAACACUCCCUCGGAGUCCAUGCCACCCCCAAAACUGUCUGCUGCAGCCUUAGCACGGUCUGCGCGAUACACUCGCAGUCGUCGUACCUCGAUUCUCGCGGAUAGCUCCCAGUCAAGCACUCGAGAGGUUUCGGGGUCAAGUCAAUCUCUUGCUCCUGAGAAAGCCCCAAUGAAGGAGGUUAGGAAAGAUACCAGAAGAAGGACCAGCCAAGAAGUUUCCAAAGAGCCCUUGAAGAAGGCUGGGCUGGCUAGUACAAAUGAACAUAUCAUGUCAGACCGGGAGACUCGGGCUGCUAAGAGAUCCGACAAAGCCACUCACAAGAUCACACCCGAAAGCCUUGAGGACAUUGAUCAAGAGAAUUUGGAGCAGAAUGCAAGAGACAUCGCGAAGCAGGUUGAGGAUUUGAUUGCGGAAGGAUUGCAGGAGGGUAUGGUAGCAGGUUCAUAG